AUGUCACCAAUGUCAGAGUAUUUGAUUCUUGAUUCAAGGUCAAUCCUGCAACACAGAUCAGUUAAAACAAAACCCGUCUGUAAGAAACAUGACCAGACUAAUCAACCAGAAGACAGCACGUAUCCUGGUGUACGACAUGAAGUCCUCAACACGUUUAGAUCAAAUCUGAUGAAGAAGUUUGGUAAUCUGUAUGAGGGAACAGCGACGCAGGGAAACCCAACACUCCUGAAUGAGAUCUACACAGAGCUCUACAUCACAGAGAGUGAGAGUGGAGAGAUCAGUAAUGAGCAUGAGGUGAGACAGAUUGAGACACAAUCCAGGAGAGCAGCAACAGAGGACACAGCCAUCAAAUGCAGUGACAUCUUUAGACCUUUACCUGGACAAGACAAAGCCAUCAGAACUGUGCUGACAAAGGGAGUCGCUGGCAUUGGAAAAACAGUCUCUGUGCAGAAAUUGAUCCUGGACUGGGCUGAAGGGAAAGAGAAUCAGGACGUCCAGCUCAUAUUUCCACUGCCUUUCAGAGAAAUCAAUCUGAUGAAGAACAAAACACUCAGUCUUUCAGAUCUUCUUCAUGUCUUUUUCCCUGAAACUAAAGAAAUGGAAAUAUCCAGUGAUGAAUAUAAAGUGUUAGUAGAAGAGAAAGAUAUACAGAACCCUCGUAUGGCACACUUAGUCGAUUCCCACAUUAUUUGA